GGAGCCAGGCUGCUGCUGCAGCGGUUAGCCGCUAGCCUGCGUGUAUUGGGACGCAGCACUAGUUAGCUUAGCUUAACUCUAUGUGUUUAUUUGUUUUCUGAGUGAGAUAAUAACUUAAUAACGGCUAAAAUAAAGAGUUUAUAGUGAAGAGCGUUGAGUCAGUGCAGUCACUGAGCUUUAUCUGCAGCCUGUGCUGAUCUAUGGAGGUGUUAAUUUGUUUUUAAACAUGACUGAGAGGAAGAAGAAGAAGAAGAAGGUUCCUCCAGGUAAAAAGCUCACCUGUGAGCUGUGCGGGGAUCUCCUGAGACCCCCGGCGAGGUUAGGCUGCGGGGACAGGCUGUGCAGGGGCUGUGUGCAGUGUUACUGGGAGUCGGUGGGGUGUCUGGAGUGCCCGGUGUGUUUAUCAGAGCCCUCCUGCUCAGUGGUUUUACACAGGCUGAGCUCGAGGUCUCUUCCUAAAACUGGGAGAGUCACCAGGGCUCCGGUUACAGGAAACACUAAAGGAAAACAGUCUAAUUCAAAGAAGAAGCUUCCGAAUGGAUCAAGCACUACAGCACGUGGGAAGGGUAGUUCUGCAAACCAGAUGUGGAUGGAGUUAAAAUACGAACAAAAGGAUCGUAAAAUUUCAGCUAUCGUCAACCUGGAAGAAGGCGCCAGACGUGGGCGUAAAGCAGAGGGUGUUGCUCACGUAACGAUCAAGCAGUCCCGAAGCAGCAACUUGAAGGAUGACGACACGCCUGCUCCCAAGCGAAAACCAAAUUCCACGGCAAGGUGCCAUUCUGCAACCAAGCCGUCCUCAAGCUCAACUGCAGCGGAUACAAAAGUGCAGGCCGCUCCAAAUCCCACAAAUUCUACUGUUACGAGUUUGAGGUCCAACCUGUGCACUGACUGCGGCAAGAGUUUUAAAAGCAAAUCGGCGCUGAAAAUCCACUUUAAAUCCCACUCGCUAAAGCGGCCGCACAAGUGCCCCAAGUGUGAAAAGCGAUAUGCUAACAAGCACGAGCUGUCGAUGCAUUUGCGACUGCAUGAGGGUGAGAAGGUGUUCACCUGCUCAUACUGCAAGAAAUUAUUCAACAGGAAGAGUGCGCUGCAGACUCAUGAAAGGAGCCACACUGGGGAGAAACCUUUCGCCUGUACCCAGUGCGGGAAAAGCUUUAGUAGAAGUAAUACGCUGACAUUGCAUUUGAAGGUGCAUGCGGAUGAUAAGCAGCACCAGUGUGGCCACUGUGGAAAGCUCUUCUUCACUGCGGCAGCCUUAAGGGUCCACAGGUUAACGCACACUGGAGAGAAGCCCUUUCCUUGCCCUCACUGUGACCAGAGGUUCACUCAGAAGUACGCGAUGAAACUUCACGUGCGGAAGCACACGGGGAAGAUGCCCUACAGUUGCGCAACGUGCGGGAAGACAUUCCUGACAAGGCAGGCCCUCAACCACCACGAGGUCAUUCACCAGGAUGUGCGCCCGUUCAACUGCCUGCAAUGUGAGGCCACCUUUCGGCGGCUCAGCCACCUCCAGUCGCACAUGAAGACUCACUCGUCCGACAUGCCGUACAAGUGCUCGUACUGCAGCAAGACCUUCAAGUUCUCCACCAGCCUCAAAGGUCACGAGCGCAUUCAUACAGGAGAGAAACCUUAUGUCUGUGACCAAUGCCAGAAGGGUUUCAGAACGUCUGGUGACCUUACAAAACACCGGAUUGUCCACACCAAGGAGAGGAAGCACAAGUGCUCUUACUGCGAGGAAACCUUCAUCUACAGGCCCGCCUUGCUCGUCCAUGAGAGCAAGCACACAAAUGAGACGCCCUUCCAUUGCCAGCAAUGUGGGAAAGCCUUUGCCGUUCAGCGUAAUCUACGAGAACAUGAGAAAAUGCACAAAGACGAAAAAAGCUUCCAUUGCACAAAGUGUGGCAAGGGUUUCAACACUGCGAGUAGCCUGUGGUCUCACAAAAGGACCCAUUUGCCCAAGCUUCAGCUCAAGUGUGAAACCUGCGGGAAGGUCUUCACCCGCAAGGACACCUACAAGAGUCACCUGGAGAUACAUUCAGGCACCAAAGUCUACGACUGCCCCAAGUGUGGGAAGACCCUGAGCUCCUCCAGCAACUACAAGAGACACGUGGAGAGUCACACAACGAAGCCCAUGUUCUCGUGCAUUGAUUGCGCCAACAGUUUCAGCAGCAAGUCGUACCUGCUCAAACACCAGAUGAGGGAACACACUAACGAGACCCCGUACGCCUGUUCGAAAUGCGACGAGAGCUUCAAUACCCCUGGGAAACUGGAAACGCAUCAAAUCAAACAUUCAAGAAACAAAAAGAAGUUCAAGUGCGCGGAGUGUGGAAGCAGGUUCAGUCAGAGGAUGAGCCUCAACCGGCACCAGAAGAUCCAUUCUGCUGACAGACCACACCAGUGCCAGGACUGUGGGAAACGGUAUUUGAGGAAGGAUCACCUGAGGCAUCAUCUCAAAUCGCAUGAGGUGAACAAACGACAGGAAGUCUAAAAGUGUAUAAGGUUAAAACGUUAAAAAAAGUCUUGAUUCAUUUAAGGUAGUUAAUGAAACACUAACAGUACCAAAAUCGUUUGGAAACACUACUGUGCUGUGAUUUUUGCCAGGUUUUAUCACUCUUGUUUUUUUUUCUCAUUUAGCUUAAUAAUGAGGUUUUCCAACAACUUUAGAGCCUCCAACAAGCUCUUGUCGGGUUUUUGCUCCAGCCCAGUGCCUAGAGCCCCAGACGCUGCAUCAUUUCACUACUUGGGCCAUUGGACAAAAUAUUGAUAUCACGAUAUAUCAGUUUUUUUUUUUUCAUUUGUGAUCCAUUAUCUGUAUGUGGUGAAGAAAUACAGAGCCAUUCUUUUGAUAAAGUUUAUAUUUGUGCAGAAAUGGAAAACGUUAAGAUCUGUUACGAUUAGAAGUAAUGUUUGCCCAGUAAAUUGUUGUAGUUCAACACAGUUCAUUCUCUUUCUCUCUGUGAAUUAGAAGCUAAUAUUAAAGAGAAGAGUUAGAAAUAUCAGCAGUAUCAGCCUAUUUUCAGGCAAAAUAUGUGAUCCACUGGUCUAAUUUGUCUAAUUUACCCAGUCCUCACUGUGUUUCAUGGUUUGUCUGUAAAGGUAAUGCAACAUCUGCACCCAACCUUAAUUGGUAUUAAUGAUUAGUCUAUCGACCUGAAUGAUAAUCAGUGAUUGGCCUCAACAGCAAUGUGAUAGGUCAAUUUCUGCUGACAGUGAUGCUAAUAAUAAACAAGUAAAAAAUACAUACAGUAAUAUAACAUAUGGGAGAGAGAGAGAAAAAAUACUUUAAAAAUGGAGGCAAAAUAGAAUUUCCAGCAGGUUGAAAUACUUUCUUUUCAAAUGUGGCAAAUGGCUUUUUUUCUCCCCCAUUCUCCACCCCAACUAAUUGUGCUUGGCAUGCAAGGUUGGGCCAGGAUUUUUUAUUAUUAUUAUUAUUAUUAUUAUUAUUAUUAUUAUUAUUAUUAUUAUUAUUAUUUACUACAUAUUUCCAUAUGUUCCUUCAUAGUUAUGUUGUCCUUAAUAUUAGGAAUGCACCAACUAUUCAACCUCUGCAAUUUGUCAGCUAAAGGUGGCAAAAAAAGCACUUCAGUGUUUGUGUGAAUAAGUAAAAAGACAGAAUAAUUGAUAGUAAACAAUAUUGUAAGUAUUUCUGCUGGGAUGUUGAUAAAAAUUAUGAUAAAAAUUAUGAAAAUGAUUCUUUUGUUUGUUUGUUUUAAACAGACAAUUUUAAUGCCUUGCUUUUCAUUUAUGCAGUAGUGAAUUGGCAAAAGAGUUGAAAAAAGUUGAAAAAGUUCCCUUUUCACGGGUACUGUACGUUUUAUUAUUUUAUUUUGUUUAUGCUAAGGAAAAUAUAGACAUAGGAUGUAUAUUAUAUAGAUUACAUGGAAUAUACUAAUUAUAUGGUGACGGGAUGAAGAUUCUAACAGAAAUUAUGGAAAUGUAAGAAAAGCAGUUACAUAUCGUUGGGCUUUAGGACAAUAAGUACGUACACAAUAUGCUACUGAUGUUUAUAUCAAAAACCAAAGAUCUCUAUUGUGUGUGUGUGUGUGUGUGUGUGUUUUUUUUUUUUUUCAAAAGUUAAAAAAGUUUCUGAUAAAUAAAUUUAUCCCUGUCUCUG